AUGGCAGACUCAGGACUGAAAUCCAAGUUCUUCACGGUGCUCGCACUUGGAGCCCAGCCUUCAAAAAGAUCAGCCGCACUGUCCAUCAUGGCUGAUGCUGAGGCUAUGCCUGGUACUGUAUUAGAGAUCUCCAAGCAAGAUUUUUUUCAGGAAGCAAAAACUCUCAUUGCCCAACAUUAUGAGAACAUAAAUGAGAACAAAGUUCAAGGUACUUCUAUAAAUGUUUUUAGAAAUAAACAGCAAAAGCCGAAACCUGGCAAAUACAUACCUUCAAAGAUUAAAAAAAAGGAAAUAUUUGAUGUGGUCCAAGAACUCCAGAGAGCUCACAAACGUCCUUAUUUUCACAAAGAUGUUUCCAAGGGGGAAUGUUUUGAGGAGCCCCCUCCACGAACUUCUUUGAAGGAGUCACACAUGUUUGAUGUAAAAGGAAAAAUCAAGGGAUAUGUAGAUCUAAUUACAAAAGUCCCCAAAAUAUCUGGAUUCGCUGAUGGAGAGGAAAAGUUAGAGAUAGGAAACUCUGAAGCUAUUGUUGUGAAGUAG